AUUUCGGAACAGAAGCAUUAUAAAAAUCCAAUCUUUUUGUGCUUCUAUAAAUAAUCGAAUUCGAUAGUUUUCUGGGUUUCAUGAGUUUUAGAGUAGCUUCCAAAAUACAAGAUUUCUGGAGAAAGAGACAGCCAUGAUAGGUAGAGACCUCCUCCACAAGAUGAAGAAGGCGUGCUUUUCCUCUCCUCUGACUCCGGAUGCAAAGAAAGGCGGUGGCAAAUUCUCAAGACAAGUCACACAUGGCUCCUAUCUAAUGAAAGGAAAGUCGAAUCGUCCCAUGGAAGACUAUCUAGUCUCUGAACAGAAGAUGAUAGACGAGGACGCGUUGGGAUUGUUUGCUAUAUAUGACGGACACAUGGGGCAUGCUGUUGCAAACUACUUGCAACUGAACCUCUUCGACAAUAUUCUGAAGCAGGGUGAUUUCUGGACUGACAUCAAAAUCGCAAUAAAGAGUGCGUAUCAGAAGACAGAUAAAGAAAUAUUGGAGAAGUCCUUUGAAUUGGGCAAAGGAGGGUCGACAGCGGUAAAUGCAAUCUUGAUCAACGGACAGAAGCUCGUGGUUGCAAACGUGGGGGACUCCCGAGCUGUAAUCAGCAAGAAAGGCGUCGCUAAACAACUAUCUGUUGAUCACGACCCUACUAGGGAAAAGAAGAUGAUCGAGAGCAAGGGUGGAUUCGUGUCAAACCUGCCAGGCGACGUUCCUCGCGUAGAUGGCCAGCUGGCGGUGGCCAGAGCAUUUGGCGACAAGAGCUUGAAGAAACACGUGACCUCGGAGCCUGAUAUAGCAGUUCAGACCAUAGAUGAUGAUGUUGAGUUCUUAAUAUUAGCGAGCGAUGGAGUGUGGACCGUAAUGUCGAACCAGGACGCGGUCAACUCCAUCAAGGCGAUCAAGGAGCCACACGCAGCAGCGAAGCAUCUCGUUGAUGAGGCGCUGUCGAGGAAAAGCAGGGACGACAUCUCCUGCGUCGUCGUUAGGUUUCAAUAGUUUGAUUACAUAGGUUUUUCCCUUAGUUAGCUAGCUACUUAGGAUUUGAAUUUAAUUUGCUAGAAGCUGAAUGAUAUUUUUUUCUACUUGAGAAUCCCUUGAUUUUUGCAUGUUGAAUGACAUACUUUUGUAUACUACUAUAACAAAAUAUGUGAAUUUUAUAAUUGCAUAUUUAGAUAUUA